CGCGGAUUUAAAGCAUAGAAUGGUUAUCAACGCGACGAACGAAGAAGAACAGAUUUGACAUCUAAACGCUAACGUUAAAAGGGAAAAAUGGAGAUAAUUGUAAGAUACCUGUUCGCCAUAAUGCUCUGCAUCGCGAAUAUGAUCAUUUAUGGACUAAAAGUGAACAUUGCUACCGCCAUUGUUGGCAUGGUUAAAGCUAAGAAGAAUGGUGAACAUGAAAUUGAACAAGUGCUGCCAGAAUGCAUUUUUGAAGAUAAAGAUUCUGUAAGCGUAGAUAUAGACGGUCCAUUCGAUUGGUCUACUACCGAGCAAGGUUUAGUUAUCAGCAUUUACUUUGCUGGGUAUCUUGUGGGUAUGGCUCCGUCAGGAUACUUUGCUGAUCGCUUCCACACAAAGAGCGUCCUGCUAAUCUGCGUGGUGUCGAACGCAGUAUUGACUCUGCUCGUGCCACUAACAGCCAACGUAUUGGUCCUACUCUACAUAUUAAGAUUCUUAACGGGUCUUAUGAGCGCUGCCAAUCUUCCCGUGGUAAACGUAUUAGUCGCGAAAUGGAUGAUAGACGAAGAGAAAUCAAUGUGGAUCGGUAUCAUUUACGCCGGCACGUCACUGGGAACCGUGGUCUCCAUCUUCUCUUCCGGUAUGAUCCUAGCUUCCAUAGGCUGGGAAGCGGUGUUUUACAUUCACGGCUCUUUGCCGUUAAUCUGGUGCGUUGUGUUCUAUUUCUUCUUCGCCGACAAUCCGGAAUCGCAGAAAUACAUAACCGAAACGGAACGACAGCUGAUCGUGAGCUCUUACGGUCACAGAGCUCCUGGCUCGUCGGAAACGCAGGUACCGUGGAAAAGCAUAUUCACAUCGGUGCCAUUCUGGGCGCUGAUUUACACUAAUACCUUUGGAAACUUUGGUUGGUACUUUUUGCUCACGCAAUUGCCCUUGUACAUGAACAAGAUACUCCGAUUUGAUAUUAAAUCGAACUCCGCCAUUAGUUGCGCACCUUAUCUGUUGAACGUUCUGGUGAAUCCGUCGAUUGGAAAACUGAUAGAUUGGGGAAAGCAGAAAGGAUAUUGGUCACAAACUUUUGGACGGAAAAUUGCGGUCUUUAUAAGUUGCGUUCCAUCAAGUUUCUGUCUCUUUAUGAUCGCAUACAUUGGUUGUAAUCGCACAGGAUCAACUAUACUAUUAGUACUGAGCAUAGUACUGUGCGGUGUACUCUUCAUCGGGCAUAUCGCUAAUAGUAACGACCUAGCCCCGAAUUACGCAGGAAUUCUAAUGGGAAUCACAAACACUCCUGGAACGAUCUCAGCAUUCAUCUUGCCAGCAUUGGUUGGUGCCCUUACUGAACAAGGACACACUAUGCAGCGAUGGCAGUACGUCAUGUGGACCGUAAUUAUUUCUCAAAUAUCUGCAUGCGUUGUAUUUGGUUUGUAUGCAUCUGGUGAGAUUCAACAUUGGAAUUAUGAGCUGAAUGGUUUCGACAAUGAAGCUCCAAGAUCUCGGACAACUAGAACUUAGUAACACCCAUUAAUAGUGUUACAUAAUUGUUAAUUAUUGUCCAAAAAGAGAUCUAUGAAAUUUAUGAAAAUACUAGACAAUAUUAGAAAACACUAAAAAUUCGGGUACCCGAGCAUAAAUUUAUUCUAGUACCUCUAC